CUAACAACCCAUUCACUGCUGAUGCUUGGGGGCCGGACGGCUGAGUGGACAGCGCUCGGGGUAGCAACAGCAAAUCUCCCCGUCCCCCCUGUUGGGGUUGUAUAUAGAGGUCCUGUAGAGACUUAGUCGAGACAGAGUGCGGGACACCGGGGUCGAGAGACGGCUGUGGAGAACAUCGCACAGCAGGGAGUGACAGAGUGAAUCCACCGGAUGGAGAGACAGAGGUCUUAAGAUUUUGUGAGAAAGUCAGCAGUAAGGCGAGUGCAAGAGUGGAAGUUUCACUUAGAUUUUUAUGCAAAAGGAUAAAGACCAAAAUGGAAGCCAUUGAAGAAAACAGCAAAGUCUUAGAAGUAAUGAUUGAAAGUGAAAUAAACUCUGAUCAAGUUCCCUCUAAUAAUGUUGAGGCUUCAUAUUCAAAUGUAAACCACAGAAGAAAAUCAUCACUACAGCUCCGUAAAAGUGUAACGGACCAAGACUCGACCCCGAUAAGUAUUAUAUAUAAGACACAGGAGGAGGUGAUUGAAGUCAGUAAUGCUGCAGAUGGAAGCACUGCCGUAGAUUCUACAAAUGAACCUCCGUUAUCAGAUUUAAAUCUUCUCCUUGCUGCAACUUAUGUAGAAGAUGCAAGAGAUGGAAGACACUCCGACUUCAAAGUUUCAGAGAGACAUUUGAAAUUAUACCACAUGUACCAGAAUAAAUGGGGGCAAGCAAUACUGUAUUUUGUUAUUGCCCUACACCUGUCAUUAGCACUCUUUGAGAAGCCAGCAGUACCCGUUUUACAGAUUACUUACUGGGUUACUAUUACCAUAGAAAUAGGCAUUCUGCUAUUUUAUCUCUUUAGAAUUGUACACAUCAGCGUCUUCACCCCUCUCACCCGAUUCUGGUCAGAUACUAAGAAUAUUUUGAUUCUAGUGUUUGCUGGGCUUACUUUUUUAGACAUCGUUAUAUAUAUUGGACUAAUAGAAAGUGGCAACUAUGGUAUUCGGUGGUCUCGGGUUUUGCGACCGCUGUUUGCUGUGAAUUUUCCCGAGAUGCGUCAGAUCAGAAGAUCCUUCCGUAACCUCCGACGAACGCUUCCUGAUGUGGUCAAUGUACUAUUUCUCUUCUUCUUCAGUUUGGCUAUAUUUGCUCUCAUGGCUUUCAAGUUGUUUGGUGGCAGGAAUCUGACGUGGGUGGAUGGCCGGCCCUACUUUGGAACUUACUGGGAUAGUCUCUUCGACCUUUAUGUUUUGGUCACAACUGCCAACAACCCUGAUGUAAUGAUGCCAGCAUUUGAUGAAUCAGCGUACUAUGUGAUCUUCUUUGUGGCCUUUCUUGUGAUAUGUUUCUUCAUCUACAUGAACAUCAUUCUUGCUGUCAUCUAUAACAACUACAGAAAGCAUCUUAAGAAUGAAGUGAGAAAAACAGUGUUCAGUAAGCGCCAGCAGCUGAGCAAGGCAUUUGAAAUCCUCGCAAUUGACUCUGAGGGACAGAGAGUAAUAACAAGAAAUCGAUUUGUGCAUUUGAUGCGAUUUCUCGACAGCCAGAAGAAUCCUGCACUUGUCAACGUUAUGUGGAUAGUGUUGGACUCGGAUGGCUCAGAUUCUCUUGAGAAGCGAGAAUUUUUAAAGCUGGCUGACUUGUUGAAUGUGGAGGUGUCGGAAGUAGUAGAUAGAACAACACUUAUUGGACACUACUUCCCAUCCGUCUACUACUCCAAGCCAUCACGGCUACUGUGUCGGAUUGUCAAACACAAACUCUUCCAGAUUUUCUUUGAUUUGUUGACAUUAUUGAAUGCUGUGGUGAUUGGCAUAUCAACCCCUGAAUCAACCUGGGAUGAUGCUGCAGAAUGGAUCUUCCUCUCCUUCUUCAUGCUGGAGAUUAUACUCAAGUUGUAUGUGCUGGGUAUCAGGCGCUUCUUCAAGAGGAUGUGGAAUGUGUUUGACUUUAUUGUGAUUGGAGCAGCCUUCAUCAUGGGGGUUUUGGAUGCCAUCAUUCAAAGUGAACAGCAGAGCCGUCUUUCACUUGAUGUGCUGCUGGUACUGAGGGUCCUGCGGCUGGUCAAGAUUAUUGGAAGUGUUGGUCGGUUUAAGGUCAUUGUCCACACCAUCAGCAAGGUUAUCCCGUCACUCUUAACAUAUGGAGGAGUCAUACUGGUCUUCUUCUAUAUAUUUGCCAUUGUGGGAAUGGAAUCAUUCCAAGGGCUGGUGAAGUUCACAGGCUAUGAUAUAGAAGGAGGAUCAGACCUUUUCUGCAGCAAUGCCAAGCUAGAAAACUCGGACUUCUGGCGUGACCAUUAUUGUAACAACAACUUCAAUGAUAUCAUCCAUGCAUUCAUUGUUUUGUUUGAACUUACCGUUGUUAAUCAAUGGCAUGUUAUUGCUUACGGUUAUGCAGCAGUGACAGACCCAUGGGCACGCUUGUUUUUCUUGGUGUUUCAUCUUGUGUGUGUCAUCAUAGUUCUUAACAUCUUCACAGCAUUUGUCUUGGAGGUGUUCAUCCUAGAGUAUUCUGCAAUCUCCGAAGGCAACAUUGAAUCACAGUUGGAGAAGAAAAUUCAGGAAAUGGGAUUAAACCUUAGAAAGAAAAAAUCCAGUAGAAUAUCAGCAGUUAGCCAAGAAGAUCUUGUGGCUUCAGACUCUGACAGUUCUGACUUAGAUGAAAUAGAUUUUUCAUCUAAUAAUGCCACAGUUGAUGUUGAUGGAAGAAUCACUCAAGGAUCAUCCAUUUUCUACCCAGGAUAUAAAGAUAUUUCUGGUGAAACAGAUGUUCGGUUCCACAUAUCAAAGCGGUUGAAAAGUGUUGAAGUUCUUUUACAAAAAAUGUUUGAGAAGGAGAUAGAAGUGGACGAUUUAGGUCCUGACAUUACAAAUUUGGACGAAGACUUGCAAGAUGAACAUAUUUAUUUAGCUGGACAGAGUCGAACUCUUUGGGGCUCAUGAAGAAUGAAGGAAUGUAUAUGUGACAUCCUAAAGGCUCUUAAAGUCUGCACAGAGUUACUGAUAGAGGCAAAGACCGAUGAUAUGACAAACAGAUCAUUACUUUGAGAGUGCUAUUUUGAGAAUCUUGACACUUUGACUGUAUUGUUCUUUUUCUUAUUGUGUGGCAUAAGAAAUAUUAAUGAGAUCUGAUAUUAUUUACACAUUUCUCUUUAUAUUAGGAACAAAUUUGAAUAUAUUGAAAUAAACACACUAUAUUGAACAUUUACAUAUUCAAUACUUACCCUGUAAUUUAUAUAGAAGAGUGUACAAUAUUUGAAUGUUGUAUUUGUUUAGAAUCAUUUAUUUUGCAUAUGUAAUACUUCACAUGAUUUUAAUACUUUUAUAAACAUGUUUUAGUGCUCAUUAAUGUCUUGUCUUAUCUUUGAGGUGGCUCUGAAGGUGAACAUUCCUACAGCCUGGUCUCUGACCAGGUCUCCUGGUUGGUGGUCUUGUUGUAGAUGCCACUGCUCACAGAAUAAAGUAAUCAAGAGGUUAUUGUUAGUUGCUGUGAGGCUGGGUUUUAUGUAAUUAACACUUUGGCGUACCCCGCGCGCCACCCCUCAACUGUGCGAUAUGAGACCCAGGGUGUCACGGGAGCGCAUGUAAAUUCUGAAAAGUGUAUACUCUCUUCAACUUUGUCACCUUAAUUCUC